AUGAUGUUCUCAAUGCAUCCGUCAUUAACAAACACACCUAUUGAAUCGCAUUGUCUUAUUACUCCAUCAGCAGAUUCUAUUAGAGCUCAUGUACAUUUAAUAUCACCUGUUUUUAAUAUUGGGGAACAAGAAGAUGUUAGUGAAUUUAUUAUUACUUUGUUCGAUCAUUUUAUUUGUUGUUUACCAUCACAUCUGUCAAUAUCAUCUACUCUUUCUUUGGAAUCAACGAUUAUUGAUCAAAUAUUUAAUAUUAAGCUUCUUUCAUCUGGACAAUGUCCAUCGUGCUUAUAUAGUUUCAAAAAAAAAGAAACUACUAAUAUGUUAAUAAUCGAAAUCAAUAAUUUGAACAAUUUAACUGAUGCACUUGCACAUUUCUUUGAUCGAGAAGAAGUAAGCUCCUUUACGUGUAGUGAUUGUUGUAAAUGUGUAAAACUCGACAAACGUAUUACUAUUAAUGAACUAUCACCAAUAUUAAUUAUAAAUUUUAAACGAUGUCGUGUCUCACUCGAUUCAACUGAAAAGCUUUCACAUCAAGUGAAUUACAAUGAACUGCUAGAUGUUUUUCCUUAUAUGACGUCUUAUUCAGUUGCUUCAAGCGAUAAAACUGAAAACAUCGAUUCAUCAAAUAACUUUUUUUACAAAUUGUACGCCAUCAUCAAUCAUAUAGGUGAUGAUCUUAACAGUGGUCAUUAUUAUUGUUAUGUUCGAUCAGUAGACAACCUUUGGUUUCUUGUUGAUGAUGUACACUGUCGAACCGUAUCUUCAGCUGAAGUUUUAAACCAUCCACAAGCUUUAAUGCUAUUUUAUGGUAAAGUAUUUUAUACGUCCAAAACAAUAGAUACGUCAUUUCAACAAAUACCACAUCCAUUAACAUCUGUAAUAACAGAAAGCAACAUUAACUUGGAUUCUUCUAUUUCAAGUUCAUCUGUAUGA